GGAGGCAUCUUCACACCGGAUCAAGCCUUUGAUGUGAUCGUUCGGGAGCAGAUCAGCCGUCUGAAAGAACCAUCCUUCCGCUGUGUUGAUAUGCUUACCUCCUUCCCUCUGCUGCGCGAUGAACUUGAACGCCUAGCCAACCAGCGAAUUCGAGAGUUUGAAGUGAAGACCAAAUCACAGCUGAAUAUCCUUGUUGACUGCCAGUUGGCCUACAUGAAUACCAACCACGAGGACUUCAUUGGUUUCAACAGGCAAGUACUCUUAAAAACGCAUUUAAUCACACCCAAACCUCUACGGCGCUUUUAUGCAGGCGUUUAA